GGAUUCACUAUAAACCCAGUGUCUACGGAUAUGCGGAUAUAUGCAUUGGCCGUAGGCAUCGCCUAUGUGUGCUGUUCUACCGUUAACUGUGUGAAUAACGACCCGGAGCCCGAGACUCCAGCUGAGGCUAUCACAUCCGAUGUAAAGGAACUGUCUGAGCAAGUUGAUGAAGUAAUUGAAUCCAAUGAAGAAGAUGAAAGUUCAGAUGAUAAGGACAGGGAAACCCCUGUAGAAGAGAAACCACGCAAGUUUGAACGAUUAUACAAAAAUGCACUGAAUGAGGCCAUGGAAGAGGGGAAGGAGGAGUACAAGAAGUUUGAACGCAGUGCCAUAGAGGAUUUAGACAUUGUUGAGAUAGCAUCAGAGCAUUUGAAACGUUACUGGUACACCGGUCAGUGUAGAAGAAACUAUAAUAGGCCAUGUCCUAAUGGGUGGUUACUUGACAACGAAGCUUCUAUUUGCGUUGCACCCGUGGAUUACCAAGGUCCUUGUGAGAAGAGGAAGGAUUUCAGCUAUAUGGAUGAGCCUGCAAGGAUCCAAUACGCCAUCAGAUGCCACGUCAGCUGGCCGUGUGUCAAUGACCCUCCCAUAGAUGAGAGUGCUACAUGUCCUUUGGAGUGGACCAAGUUAACUGGGACCGUUUGCAUCGCACCUGCCAGUUACGACGGUAUAUGCCCGCCUAUCGCAUCUUUCCAUGGUUACAGUAUCAAGGAAAAAAUGGAAUAUGAACGUCUAUGCAACCUGAAGUGGCCUAGACGCAUAUCACAGAGUGACCUUUUGGUAAAGUCCAAAAGGCCACAUAUGGGUGCUACUCAGCAUCCAAGCUCUAUGAGCGGUGCCAUUGACGAAACUGGUACCAUGGUACCUCUAUAAUUAAAUAUUGUUGCG